UAAUUCAGAACGACAAUGGCUGAGAAGAAAAAUCAUGACCAGAGAGCUCUAGAAGUCGACGGCACCGGCUGGGAGAAUGAUCAGAAACCGACACCCAUGAGGACGGUGGAGACAUUCCUUAGACUUCUUCCGGUCGGACUUUGUGUGACUUCACUUGUCAUCAUGCUCAAGAACUCUCAAACUAAUGAUUACGGUUCCAUCUCUUACUCCGACCUCGGAGCUUUCAAGUAUCUGGUUCAUGCAAACGGCAUAUGCGCUGGUUAUUCACUUCUCACGGCUGUUGUCUCCGCCGUGCCUCACCAAUACCCUUCAACCAUGUCUCGAGCCUGGACUUUCUUCCUCCUCGACCAGGUGCUGACUUAUGUGAUCCUGGCGGCAGGAUCAGUAUCGACGGAAGUAGCUUACUUAGCAUACCGUGGAGACAGCCAAGUGACAUGGAGUGAAGCUUGUAGCUCGUUUGGAAGCUUUUGCCGGAAAGCUACCGGAGCUAUAAGUAUUACAUUUGUGGUGGCGGUUUGCUUUGCCGGACUUUCACUUAUAUCUUCUUAUAGACUUUUCAGCAAGUAUGAUGCCCCUGUUUCUCCUCCCCUGGUGGCUGGUGGAAAAGGAAUGGAGAAUGGUAAUAUUAUUACAUGAAGAUGAAGAUGAAGAAGAAGAAAAGAGGAGAUAUGAAAUAUGAUUGAAUCCAUCCAUGAUAAUAAUUAUUAUGUUUUGGAAGAUUAAUUACUAGUGUUUGUGUUGUAUUCUAAAUUUAUGAGAAUUAUGUAAAUUAAUCACAUAAUGAUCAGUAAGAAUUGUGAUAUUUCAGCA